AUGAGUGGCUUACGCAAUACUAUGAAGGGUGGAUGGCACCCUGAAGGCAAGGAAGGUGGAAAGGAGAGCUGGCGUGGUGAUUUUAAAGGCGUUAACCAAGUGGCUGGGUGGAUGGGAAAGGGCAAGGAAGGCGACUCCUCUAGUUCUGGAUCUGGAAAGAACCCCGAACCACAAGGGGGUAUUAGAGGCUCUGUGGCUGGGUGGAUGGGAAAGGGCAAGGAAGGCGACUCCUCUAGUUCUGGACAGGGCUCCUCAUCACAGGGGGGUAUCAGGGGCCAAGUGGCUGGCUGGAUGGGAAAGGGCAAUGACUCCAACUCCAACCGCUCUGAUCAUGUCUCACGACCAUUGUCAGCCCUAAAAGACCCAUCUUCAUUUGGGCCGCCCCCCAAGCAUAUCAAUUACCAUGGCGCAGCCGCUGUGCCAAAUCAGACAACACCCGAUCGCCGGGGUUUGGGAGCUCCAUUGCCCCAGGAUCAGAUAAACGCCCAGGAGGCCCGUCGACGGGAAGUAGAGGAAGCAGAGGAGGAACAGUCCCGAAAGCCCGCCCCGCCUCCGGUCCCGUAUCGCGUCGACACCAGCGGCCUUUCUACGAACCAUCUCCCUCCACCACCAGUGCGGCGAGUAGACUCGGCAAGUUCUGCUUCAACAAGCUCAAUCUCAAAGUCAAACCCACCAAAGCCCCCGCCACGGCUUCCUGCCCGCAAUGGAUCUCCCAGCUCCGACGUGCCGCCCGCUUAUUCCCCCGCACCGGUACUCUCCCACGAUUAUAUCAACCAAGAUGCUACGUCCCGCCUAGCAAAUGCUGGCGUCUCGGUUCCUGGAUUUGGGAUAGGUCAGGAGAAAUCUUCGUCGCCUGCACAUACGCCUGUCAAUGAGCUGCAGUCACGCUUCUCCCGGAUGAAUACCUCGGGAUCUCCAUCAGCACCCACUCCGCCUGCCCAGGCAUCGACAAACAUCCAACAAUCUGCCAGUAAUCCAUCUUCUCUCCAGAACUUUCGCGACCAGCACGCGGGGUCCAUUGACUCGGGAAAACAGAAAUAUGGUGAUUUCCGAGAGCGUCAUGCGGAUACCAUCGACUCGGGGAAACAAAAGUACGGUGAUUUCCGAGAGCGUCAUGCGGAUACCAUCGAUUCAGGAAAGCAGAAAUACGGUGAUUUCCGUGAGCGUCACGCGGACUCAAUCGAUUCAGGCAAACAGAAGUUAAGUGGUUACGCAUCGCGGUUCACUGGCUCUUCUCCAGCGCCUAGCCCACCGGCCCGGCCCGCGUCGAAUGCUUCUAGCAUGAACUUGGAACCGGCCGAGCCCGCGCGGGGCACGUCCUCUGUGCAAGAUUUCCGUGAACGUCAUGCCGACAAGAUCGACAUGGGUAAGGAGAAGUGGGGUGGAGUCACAUCGCGCUUUAACACAUUUGUGGAGGACCGCAAGUUCUCCGCCGAUGCUAACAAGCGGAUUCCCCGCCCACCUUCUCGUCCCAUCUCCAUGACCCAGUCGAACUCUCCAGCAUCACCCACAGAGCCUGAUCUUCAGACUCAAGCCCAACGCAAGAAGGCGCCCCCUCCACCUCCUAAGCGAGCUGAAUUUCGUGCGUCCCCUGUUGACGCUUCGUCGUCACUCCCAGGGCCUCCUCCCGUUCCUCAUAGCACUAAGCCUCGCUAA